AUGGCCUGUAUGCGAGACGGCUUUCAACACGGAAUAAGUCUCGACAAUGGGCGGUUUAUGACCGUUUCACCACUUAAUCAUGGUUCAUUUGGCAUGGUGCUGGCCGCAAAGGACAACAUCACUGGCGAGGACGUGGCCAUCAAGUGCCUCACCAAGCCAAAUGCAACUUCACCAACCACAACGUGCCCAGCGGCCAUUGCUAUUGACGACCGCUCCGAGGAGCUCGACAUCCACUCUCGUCUCGCCAGACACCCAAACAUUGUGAACCUGCUCCACUACUUCGAGACUGAGAACCACCAGUACAUGGUAUUGGAGCUUUGCAACAAUGGCGACCUGUACGAAGCCAUUCGACUUGGCAAAGGUCCGCUGGAGACUGGACACGUGCGCGACUUCAUGCUCGAGCUUGUCAGCGCUGUGGAUCACAUGCAUGCUCACAGCGUUUUCCAUCGCGACAUCAAGCCUGAGAACAUCUUCCUCACAGGCAACGGCUCUUUGAAGAUUGGUGACUUCGGCCUGGCCACAACCGAGACCUGGUCUACCGAGUUUGGCGUCGGCUCUGAUCGCUACAUGGCGCCUGAGCAGUACGAUGCUUCCGUCUAUGGCUAUGGCUACUCACCUGCAGCUGCGGACAUCUGGGCCAUUGGUGUCGUGCUGCUCAACAUCCUGUUCCAGCGCAACCCCUUCGCGACGCCCACCAUUAAGGACCCAUUGUUCGCCGACUUCGCACGCGAUCGUCAAAGCUUGUUCGACGUCUUCCCGAACAUGUCGCAGGAUACGUACAACGUGCUUGUGCACUGCCUGGCACUGGAUCCUGCUAACCGUUCCCUGGCUGCAGUUCGCGAGGCUCUGAAUGACGUUGUAAGCUUCACUGUCGACGAUGAGAGCCUGGACGACUUCUGCACUGAUCAGCUGGACAAUGUGCCGGUGGCUACUGCAGCGCGUGAGCCACUGCGUACUCCGUCCAUCUCCAGCCCAGCUCUCGCUGCCGACUCUUUCCCAUGGAGUGCGGCACUGCUUAAGACGCCUCAGAAGGCUUCGCGUCAACUCUCCACCAUCCGUGACGAAGACAUGGAACUCUUCCCUGGCACUGCGAACAAUGCCGAAUGGCAGUAUCUUGACACCGACGAGGUUUCACUAUCAUCGAACCUCGACUCUGGCCUGGGAAUGUCCUACAAGUCGACCAAGUCAGGCAAGUCGUUCCUGUCAACGAACUCUGUCAAGCCCAAGUCUGGCUUCGUCGGAUCACUGCCGAUCAGCUUCUCCAAGCCGUCAAAGUCGCCAUAUGGUGGCACUACCAGUGGCUUCUCUAAGAGCUGGAGCGAUCUGUGGGACGAAGAAGAAGAGCUCCAGGAGGAACUGGAAGAAUGCCACCCUUUCCAGGACUCUUCGCCAGAGGCUGCCGGCAAUGACAUUGAGCGAGUAAGCACUGCUAAGCCAAGUACUCCAAGGGUGCAAUCUGUCAGGGAAGAUGAUCGUGGCAGCGUUACUCCACGACCAGGACUUGCAAACAUCGACGCCAACGUUUGCUCUGCCACGCCAAUGAACAUACCAGGUGCAGAGGACAAGAAGGUUACCGACCUGCCUAAGACCAAGUCGACCUCAAUCUUGGACAAAUGGGCCGCGCUUGGCAACUUCCGCCGUGCUCGACAAGAGAGUGCAGCAACUGCCGCUGCCACGGCUACUCCGCCGAAGACAAAGUAUUCCGACGCCUUCGCGAGCUUCACGCCAUUUGGCAGCAGCAAGAAGGUGAAAGCAACCCCGGCACGCGAAGCCACUUCCAAUUGGCGUCAGAACAGUGGUAGUCCUACCCGUCUUCGCUCCACGUCUUUCAACAGCAGCAAAGUCUGGCAAGACAACAACUGGCGCGAGCACAAAUCGCCCGCGCCCAAGAAAGCAUCACCUCCGCUGUCUAUCGCACGGCUAGGUGGAUCACAACCACACAACACCGAGAAGAAUUUCCUUGAUGACGAAUUUGAAGAUGCAGAUCUCGAGUGGGUUGGAUUGCCGUCUGGUUGGCGGGAUUUCCAAGUGUAG